CUGAAAAGAACAAUUGGACCCGAUCGGUUGCGUGUCCGAUGGAGGACGGUCCACACCAACGGUUUCGUUAGGUUUAAUCGAACCAAGGGGUGGCGGAAUCCUGUGGCCGCCUCCACGGAAGGAGCUCUCUUUUUUUUUUGGUACAAAAGGAGGAGCUCUCUUUCGCUGCAGGAGCCAGAGCCCCUUCUCUCCCGUCGUCGUUAUUAUCCCCAAUCUCUUUAAGGCUUCAAUUCUGAUCCAAGCCAAAAAAAUGAAGAUUUUUUCUGGGACUUGUUCAUCCGGCAUCCAUACUUCAUUAAUUAUAAAAUUGAAAAAUUGAAGCUCAAUCAUGGGAAAGAGGAAAUCAAGGGCAAAACCACCUCCAAGGAAACGAAUGGAUAAACUUGAUACUGUAUUUUGUUGCCCUUUCUGCAACCAUGGAAGCAGUGUUGAGUGCCGCAUCGACAUGAAGAAUUUGAUUGGUGAAGCUGCAUGCAGGAUUUGCCAAGAAAAUUUCAGCACCACCAUCACAGCGCUGACCGAGCCUAUAGAUAUAUACAGUGAAUGGAUCGAUGAAUGUGAGCGGGUCAACAACCUUGAAGAUGAUGCUAGCUAAGUUCCUAGUUUUCUGGGAAGUUGUUUCUACCUAAAGCUUCUAGUUUGUGGGUGUGUCCUUUGAAGCGGUCUGUAUAAAGAUGUAAACAGAACCAGCAUAUCUGAUGAUAUAACAUAAUAGUACAUAGUGGACUCUGGUUGCGUGCUUCAUCUGUACUUCAAACCAAAUAGAGCUAUCAGUGAUGCAUGUAUUUGCUCAUAUUGUAAAGAGUUGCACAGGAUGCUGGAUUGGACGGUUGCUGUUGAAAUAGUUUGCUUAUUCGUGCGAGUGAUGAGGUACUA